AUGUCUUCCCGAUCUUUCUGCUCUCUCCUCCGAACGGACAUUAUCCCGAGAACGAUCUCCGACGGCACCAGCAAGACUAGCUUCGCGAGCGCUGCCUGUGGCUUCGACGCUCCCAAGGUCCUCCCGAUCAAUGACUCGACCUUCGACUGGUGGUAUUUCGAGGUUGUCUCCGAGAAUCAAACGCAUCUGACGGCCAAAUCCUUCCUCGCGACCCCGGGAACGGCUUUUCUUCCCAGUGGCUUCCCCCCCGACGCGAUCCUAGCUCGUUUUGAUGUUCCUGGCGCAGCGUUGUCUGGCUCUAUUAACUUGAGAUCUAUUGCACCCGUGCAUUAUCCUUCCGGGCCUGCCCGGGCAGGGGAAAACAUGGAGCUCUUGCUGGGCGCAUUCCUCAACAUCAACGGCACGGAAAUUAACUUAAAAGGCAACGGAUACUACGACAAUAAAGGUACCAUCUCUCCGCCAGGGAACUGGGGCAGUGCGCCGUUCGUCGACACGGUCGCGAGCUGGUAUUGGGGUCACCGACGACUGGGGCCGUACUCGCUGGUUUGGUUCGACGCGACCGACACGUCGGGGACGGAGCACGUAGCUGCGGCGACAUCCCUGAUGGCUACCCACGCCGUCGUCGACAUAGGUGACGCGGGUGUGCUCGAGUUCGACAUCAUCUACACCGUCGCCCCCAUCCUCCAGGAGGAAACCCACGCCAACUGGCGCGGCGUUCUAUCCGGCGGCUUCAGGAGUAGCGAGGUCCUCACCGGCUUCGCUUCUUACGAGCAGUUCGUUCUCCCCGACUCUCGGGAGUGA